AUGACAGUUAUCCCAAGAGUGUAUGUCCUGGGAAACUCUAUAUUCUCGAAUUUUUUUGCUUAUGAAAUUGCACAGCUGAAAGCUCAACAGAGUAUACCAAAUAUAGUACUAUUACUAAACGAUCAGAAAAAAUUGAACAGAUUCCUAGAUGGCAACUCGAAAUUGACAAAAGUUGGAAGUGUAAAAAGGUUGACAGAUGAUGAUUCCAUCCAGUUCAUGGCUGCGUGCUCUCCGCCAACUUUUGCAACUGGAAAACCUGCUAUAAUGGAGAAUCUUAUACUUGCUGAUAACAGUAAAAAGAAUAUCUCUCAUCUAAUAUCGAAGUACCACAAUUCCCUUGAUGAAACAUCUAACGUUCUCUUUUUAAACCCACCCAUAGGAUCUAUAGAGUAUAUUUAUGAUAAAAUAAUAGCCAAAAAUGAAUUUCCCAAACCACAGAUGAUUCUUGGAAUGACGAAACAAAAUAACUCUCCAAUAAAUGUAAUAAGUGGGGAGAAGAAAAACAACAUUGCAAGUAGCGAAUUUGAGGUCUCACCUUUAAUAGCGAACAGUAAACUGAGUCUCUUAUUAUGUUCAGUGCCAGAAUCAUAUAAAACGUUUGACUUAUCUCUAGAGGAUUCUCAAGUGAAAAAUCUUUAUCGGAAUCCAUUAGUAAAUCUACUACAAGAUACGCAGAACAUAUCUGUUCAAAUAUUUGGUUACUCAGAAUUAAUGAUGCUUCGUUUUGAGAACUUGAUUGCAAAUAGUUGCAUCGAAUCUUUGGCUGUUUUAUUCGAUUGUAAAUAUAUUAACGAAUUAUUGAAAGCACGAAGAUCAGAAUUUAUUUUAAGAUCAUUAAUACAGGAACAAGUGAAAAUUCUUUCAAUGGGGUAUCCAUCUCUUACAAAAUUACCUCACUACAGUAUCGCAUUUGAUAUUGAACGAUUAUACAGUUUAAUCACAAACAAACUAAAACAAGGGAAAAGAAUAGAAAGUGUUUUAAAUAUUCAAAAGAAAAAUCUUAAUCAAACAGAUAUAAAGCAGUUAACUGGUUAUUUUGUGAGGCUUGCAUAUAAAUGCAAAACUGACUGCCGAUGGAAUAUGACUAUCAGUUGGCUAAUAGAAUGUAAGGUCGAGUUAGAGAAGGCAAGAACAUUGGAUUAUCAUUACUUGUAG